AUCUACAAAUAUAAAGGACAUGCGCAAGCGACGAUUGAAAUCCAGGCAUCCACCAACACUGUCAAUCUUGGGAGUGAGGAACUGGGAGUAAGAUGCUCACCGUCAGGAAAUGGUGUUAAUUUCAUCAGCCGGAUCGAAAUACUACAACAGUCUGUGACCGAGUCUUCGUUUAGUUCGAUCCUGUAUGUGGAGGAUCCGCCUCGAGGAAGUGACCCUGUCUUCAGAAAUAGUGAUUUGAGCAGUAGAGCGACAGCAGAAGGUCGGGCAGGACGCCCAAGUGGGGCCUUCCUGGCUCUCACUAUCACAAGGGGCCGGGUCAACUGUAACGACGGCGGGUCAUAUAAAUGUAGACUGACAUAUACGAAUGGGACUAAUCAUUCGUCUACUGUCACAUCGUCAUCUAGUCGUGUCAAUUUAUUAGCUGAACCAGACUCCACUCCUCCCACUCUUACUCUCAGUCCCUCCAACAUCCCAGGAACAUCUGGAAACAUCUACCUUACAGGAACAACCAUCACAGUAACCUGUCAAACUGAAGUUGGUAGUCCAGCGAAUCUAAUCAGAUUAUGCUACAGGUCCGCAGGAAUAACUGCAAGUCAAACUGUGACAAACAUCUUGGCGAAUGUCGUCUCCCCUGUAUCCCAAGAACCCUCCAAAUCCUGUGUCAUGACCAGAACUGUCGUGGCCUCAUUUCUAGUCACCAACACUGCGGGUUCGUUCUCAUGUGAAGUGUAUAACGACACCAGAAAUGCACAAUGUGGACAGUAUAUAAAGACUGGGGGCGCCGCAUAUACUGCACAGGAAUAUCCAGUUUGCAAUGUGAGCACCACAUCUACAACGCAGAAACCGGAAGUGACGACAACAGUGGGGGCUAUUAUCGAGGGAGACAACGGGGCUCUGGCUGUCACGGACUCUGGAGGGACCACGCUCCUGAUCCUUGGCUGUGGGUUAAUCACUUUGUCGGGAUCUCUUUUUGCUGCUAGUGUCAUAAUCUGUAUGAAGGCAAGAAAACUCAGAAAGGAUGCUGAAAUGACCAUGAUACAGAGUACCUAUGAUUCUGUGCAUUUUCAAGCGACACCAACACAACAGUAUACGUCCUUAGAUAGCCUUAAAGCAACGAAUCAUCGUCCACUGGAAAAACUGGACAGUGAUGGGUACAUGGUGCCGUCACUAGAAAAUUAUACAUGACGUCACUGUGACAUAUCAAAGACAUCAACAGGACAUAAAUGUUGUCAAACAAAAUAUAUGCAGUAAGCUCUAAGACAGGUGUGAAUCACUGUUUAAAAUCUUUUUUUUUUUCUACAUAUAGUAUUUAUCUAUGCGAGAAAGAUGGAAUAACACCCAAGAACCAUUUUGUUGUAAACAUGUAAGGAAAAAAAUCAACUGUAUGGCGUGAUCUUUUACGGCCCUGAAGAGAAUUUAGAAUGUACAGAAACAGCUGAGUCUCACACGGAAAUGUUCUAGAUAUCACAACUCGCUAGGUUCAUCUCAGAACAAACUAUCCGUUUGUUGUUUUAAUUCAUUUUAUUGUCCUAUUUAUCUCCUUUUGUGUCAAAAUAAUUAUUGUAUCCAGCCAUUCAAAAAAAGGCAAGUUUGAUUUAGCUUUCGGGUCUCUUGAAAAAAAAGAAGGUACAAGUGUACUACAAAAGUAGUAUGUGUUUAGGGAGCAUCAUAUAUGAUUUUACCAAACUGAGAAAUCUUGAAUAUGAAUGAAAUUGUAUUUGACCAUGAACCACAGAAAACAUCUGCGAGUUGUUACUACUAUAUACUGUAACUCAUCUUCUACUUAGCAUAAACGUAAUAAGAAAGUAAAUGACCUCAGAUAGCAAUCAAAGUGUACAUCUAAUUAUGACAUUUUUUUUUUUUUAUCUUUCUGUGGACAGGGGAUCUGUUUUAUUCUUUCAGUCUCAGAAGCAAUAUAUCCCAUUUCCAUUCGAUUUGGCUGCUGUGCUGUUAUCUAUAGGCCCUUUAUACUCUAUUACGCUGAAUGGUCCUGAUAAACUUUUGAUUCUGGAUCCCCUAAUUCCUUUAUCUCCGCUACUGAACACGUAAAGAUACAAAAAACCAAAGCUCCAUGUGACUGGAAAAUAUCUGGAAAAGCUAUACAACGGAAAAUGUUCCAAUUACGGCUGAAGUCAAGCCAAGCGAUAAACAAUGAACAGCUCCUCGUGAAAAUAAGCAGCUUUUAAAUUCUCUGUAAUUGGUCCAAGCAUUUCAAAUACUUCAUAGUGAAUUCGUGAAUUCUGCGGCCGGCUCGGACUGAUUCGUGUGCCAUUAGGGUAUAAAAAUCAAUUAUGGAAUCCCUCAUGCAUAUAGCGCCGCCAAACCCCAG